UUAUGUUUUGUUUUGAUCCCCAAAUGAAGAUCGUCGCAGCUAAUGGGUUAAUGCGAUUCGAUUGAUUCAGAUUCGCGUUCGACCUCUUCAAGAAUGAAAUCAAAGGGAAACGAUUUGACUUUAAAAUGACGAAUAUGACACCCGCUAAUCAUGUGACAAGAUUUGUCUUCAUUUCGUGGAAAUGUUUUGUGGUGGACGUUUAUUCACAGUAAGGUUUUAUUCAGAAUUGUACUUGUCGACAACACCCGAAUGAAAAAAAGACAAAUUGAAUCUAUCUAAACGUACACAUAUGUGUCGGUAUUCGUUUGAAGAGGUUAAAAUAUACAGAAAGUAUCCGUCGUUCGGUGCUGCAUUCAAUCCGAGAUCACCAAGCGAAAUAAUUGUCACACUUUCCAGCUUGGCAGAAAUCGCUGACUCUUAAACGGCGGAUUCACUCGCGCUCGUUUUCCAUUUUAACAGGCGCUAAUUGUCACCGAGACAAAAUCGGGGAGAAUAAAUAAAUCAGCGAGCGCGUUCGCCGCAGGUGGUGACGCGCGCGCGAUCGCGUCAGGGUGGUCCGCGUCGAUCUCGCGCAUUGUGACGUCGGAAACCGCGACCGUGGCUGUCCCGAUCCGUGGACGGUGGAUGAGGGGAGAGCAGAGGCUGUAAUAUCAUCAUUAUAUUACGUCACACAGAUGCACGCCGAUCGAGGGAUCGUUCGAGGCUUUCGUUUUUAUAUUGCGGUUACGGCACCAUUGUGCCGUCGGUGUCCACAAAAGGUCCCGGCCGGACUCCCGCCGGGAGAUGGUAUACGAUAUUGCGGGAUUGUUGAUUGGCCCGCUUCCCUGUCGACAGCUAUGGUAAUCUGUACGCAUUUCCUGUGCGUACCUUCCUCUUCCGACUGCGCCGCACGUCUUCACCUGCCGAAUCGGUGACUCGCCAGGACGCCGUGAGUUCGGUACAAUUUAGGAAACGUGUCGCAUAAUCGUCUAUAAGUUUUGACAUACUAACACUUUUCUCUGCACAUUAAGACGGAGAAGCCUUAAAUUUGACGAAUACAAAAAUGCAAGUUAUAUUACAAUGUUGAAUAUUGCUCGGAAAGCGGCAGCAAUUUUCAGUAAUGUUUUAACAAAUACUAAUCAAAUAAAAUAUAAUAUAUAACUUUUCAAGCUGUAGUAUUUCAAAAUUAAUAAUCAGAGUUUGUUGUGAAUGCCUUCACUCACUGUGAAUAUCGAUAUGUUGCGUUUAAUCAAUAAAGAUCGAUAUGAAUAGUUUUGACGUUGAUAAGUGCAGGACAUGCAUCGGCUAUCUGGUUUAUUUCCAAUAAAAUGUGUUGUUAAAAAUUAUCAGUUUAAUAGUCGCGUUUAAUGUGAAGUGACCACGGACGAUCAAUUGUAUUUACGACCGGCAAAAAAAAAUGUUGGCAAAUCAUGAUAGAACCACUGAUAAUUUUGACGAUGCUAAACUGUAUUUUCAUGUUCAGUUCCACAGUUACGACCUGCGCAUUGUGGUAAUUUUCCGUUGCGAAUUAUUUCAAUAUUUCCCCGGGCGCUUUGCGCAGCUAGAAUGUAAAACUGAUUCUCGAAAUUACUUGAAAGUACCGUUAUUUCGUAAUAUCGUUGCUCUAAGAUAAUUUCGUCGUAUGUGCCGCAUUAGGUGGCAGUAUCAGAGUCAUCACCGCUGUCCUAGAAAAAAAGCUGCUCGUCAAAAAUCUGAUUUGAAAAGAUCAAAGAGCAAAUAUACCCUGCGAACUGCUAAAAAACCAGGGCAAUCUAAUGCAGAUAUUAACGCUGUCAAUAAGACCAAUGUGAAAAUUCCUCGCGAGCGAAAAUGUCAAGGAUGUCAGAAGAAAAGAUCUAAGAAGAGUUUAGAAUAUUUGACAACAUACGAAAGGAAAAAUGGAAAGGAAACGUCAUCUCUGAACGGGCCAAAUGCGACAAAUUUUGAGAAGAAUACGAGAACGUCGGAGGCUUCCCAGACAGUAAACGACGCGAAAUCAACGGUCGUGAUGGAAUUCUCAACUGUUCAGAAAGUUGUGCAGAUCGUCGAUAACGACUCUGAUGUUAAUCCAGCGCGAGCUCCUUUUAAGGAAAUUGUUAUCCAGAAAGACACGACGGAUAAGAAAUAUGAUUAUAACGUCGAGCAGAAUUUUGCGACUGAUGUAACAACCCCGGAAAAUUUUUGAAAACCAUUUAAGCGGAUGGAUUCGAGAACAAUGCGAGUUGACUGACGAUAUCACGAAUCUUAAAAUUCGCAAAUGUCGCUACUUAAUGUUCCGCAAGAACUCGUAUGGUAAGAAAGAUAUCGUUAAAGAAGUCGCAAAAAGAAUCAGAAAUAAAGAAAAAUAAUUUUAAAAAUAUAGA